AAACCCACCACCAGAAGAGAAGAAAUCCGGUCCGGGUUUUACUGCUGUCUCAGCUUUAGGCUGAAUUUACAUACAACUUUUCCUUGUCAACUUUUACAGCCGUGUAGGAAAAACAAGUCUUUUGCAAUGAUUGCUGCUAGUUUUAGAGACUGUGCGGCUUGGAGGUCAGAAGGCCUCCCACUGUCCACCAGCAGCAAUGAAGCCUGUAAAUUAUAUGACUCCAUACUUACACAGUAUGUAACAUGGCGUAAUGAUGAGACCCUUGGAGGAAUAGAAGGAUGUAUGGCAGCAGUCCAAGCAGCUGACCCGGACUUUGUGAUGGGUCAUGUGAUCAGUACUGGACUUCAGUUGGUGGGGACAGGCAGUUCAGUGCUGCGGGACCAAAUGCUGGCCAGUGCUGUGAGCAAAACGGUGGAUCUGGCUGGGUGCCAGGAGCUCACAGACCGAGAAAAACAGCAUGUCAAAGCCAUCGAGCUCUUUGCAAAAGGAGCCCUGGCUAAGGCCUGUGAUGUGUGGGAAGAUAUUCUGGUGGAGCACCCCACAGACAUGCUAGCUUUGAAGUUUUCCCAUGAUGGCUUUUUCUAUCUGGGUGAGCAGACUCAGAUGAGAGACUCUGUGGCCAGGGUUCUUCCCCACUGGAAACCACACAUGCCUCUCUACAGCUAUCUAAAAGGCCUGUAUUCAUUUGGACUUCUUGAAACUCGUUUCUAUGACCAAGCUGAGAAAGUAGCAAAGGAGGGUCUUGCUUUAACUCGUGAGGAUGGCUGGUGUGUCCACUCUGUAGCCCAUGUCCAUGAGAUGAAGGCAGAAAUAGAGAAAGGGCUGAAGUUUAUGGCAUCCACUGAGAAAGACUGGGUGGUGUGUGACAUGUUGGCAUGUCAUAACUACUGGCACUGGGCACUUUAUCACAUUGAGAAGGGAGACUAUGAAGCAGCAUUAAAAAUCUUUGAUGAGCAGGUAUCCCAUCGCUGUGUAAACUCAGGAGCCAUGCUGGACACAGUGGAUGCCUGUUCGCUGCUCUACAGGCUGGAAAUGGAGGGCGUGAGUGUGAAAGAGCGUUACCGGGAGCUGUUGCAGGUAACUGAGCCCCACUCUGAGGACCAUACUCUUCUCUUUAAUGACCUGCACUUUCUUAUGGUGUCUUUGGGCUGCAAAGAAACAGGAAUCACACAAAGACUACUGGAGAGCCUGCGAGAGUUGGCAAAAAACCCUGAAGAAAACCAUCAGCAUCAGCUUGCUAGCACUAUUGGGAUACCCAUGUGUCAGGCCUUGGUGGAAUAUGAUGAGGGAAACUACAGAAAGACUGUGGAGCUGCUUAAACCUUUAAGAUACUGCUUCACGAAGAUAGGGGGCAGUGAUGCACAGAGGGACGUUUUCAACCAGCUACUUAUCCAUGCUGCAACGAAGUCACAAGACAAACACCAUCAAAGAUUUGCCAGGUGCCUGCUGGUUGAAAGAGAUGCAGCGAGAAUGAACUCCCCUCUCACUGACCGACUCAUCCAAAGAGCUCACUCUCUACACAUUUAACUGCUCAGGACAUCUACUACAGACAUAUUACUUCACCUGUUACCACUUAAAUUAAAACUACUGCUAAAUCGCAUUAAUAUACUCGGUCAACCUGAGAUAUCAGAGCUGUUGAAUUUUUCCACACGAAUUCAGGGGUGUUGACUACAUUUCUCUAACAGCAGCUCUGAAAAUAGUUUUGACUGCAAGGCAAACCACAGGUAUAUAUUAAUGUGCAUGUUCUAAUACAUUAGGGUUUCCAUGGUAACAGCUAGCAUAGGGAAUUUUAUUGUGGAUGCAGCAUAUAAAUGAAAUAGAAAAAGCACACUUUCAUUGAUGUAGUGAAGUGUCCCAUGAUGAGAGUUUUAGCUUAUAUAUUCUCCAGUUUUCUAGUCUCUGGUGUCUUUGUAACAUGACAAGCUGCAUUUAUUUGUCUUAUUAAUUUUAAGUAAAAAAAUGAAGCUAGUGUGACUCUCCCAUGAGAGGAACCUGUUCCUUGGACACUCCACAACAUUAAAUGUAACUUUAUUAACAAACAUAAAGUAUGACAUAAAGUAUUCCUUAAUUAAAACAAUUUGUUAAUCUUGCCAUUUUGCUGCGGUCUAAAAAGAUUACGCCUCUUUUUACUGUUGUUGGAAAAUAGCUAAAAAAUGGAGUGGUGUGAUUACCACACUGAAGUUUAUUAUUUUCCAAUAACACCUGUCCCAUGUUUUACUCCUUACUUAAUCACCGUUAUGUCCACACUAAACAAAAAGAUACAGAACAGCAUUUAAAUAA